GUCUGAGUCCCGCCCCUUCCUGCCACGCCUCCACGCACUCCUUUGGCCCUCGGCACGUCGCUGUCACGCGCGCCUGCUUGCAUAGUGCGUAGUGACGUCGCGGCGGCGCAGACGCCAUCCCGGAAGCGCGAGCCAGGUCGCCAGAUGUGCAGACAGCGGAGGAGGAAGAAGAGAUGGACCCCCCGGACACGGCCUCGAGGGUCUUUUGCAGCCGCAUCCUAAGCAUGGUGAAUGUGGACGAUGUCAAUGCCAUCAUCCUGGCCCAGAAGAAUAUGCUAGAUCGCUUUGAGAAGACCAAUGAAAUGUUGCUGAACUUCAACAACUUGUCAAGUGCUCGCCUGCAGCAGAUGAGUGAACGUUUCCUGCACCAUACAAGAACCCUAGUGGAGAUGAAGCGGGACCUGGACAGCAUUUUCCGUAGGAUCAGGACGCUGAAAGGGAAGCUGGCCAGGCAGCAUCCGGAGGCCUUCAGCCAUAUACCAGAGGCGUCCCUCCUGGAGGAUGAGGAUGAAGACCCCAUCCCACCUAGCACCACAACCACCAUUGCCACCUCAGAACAGAGCACCGGCUCUUGCGACACCAGCCCUGACACCGUGUCGCCUUCCCUCAGCCCUGGCUUCGAGGAUCUGUCUCACCCCCAGCCCAGCUCCCCUGCAAUCAAUGGCCGCAGCCAGACAGAUGAUGAGGAGAUGCCGGGCGAGUAGCCCUAGUCCCUGGUGCCCUGAGGGCAGUAGGGAACCUUGCCUUGUCAUCAUCCACUCUACCACCCUGUUCUGUCAUAUGGGGCUUCUGGGGGACAAGGCUUCUACCAGGGGCAUGGCAUUCCUGGGGGCCUUUCUUCCCCACAUCUCGACUGAGAGCUCUUCUGCAGACCCUCUACCUGUCCCAGGAGUAAGCAGCCCCAUCAGUCAGUGGGCCACAGGGAGCUUUUCUAGAGUGGGCCUGAGAUCUGCUCUGAAAAAGACUUGAAGGUUCUCCGAGACCAGAGCCAGAUGUCGCCUGUCCCUGCUCCCUUGUCAGGACCUUUAGGUAGACAAGUACUAUCAUAUCCAAGGUCCCUUCAGCCCACCCUUGGCAUCCACUAAUUCUGGUUCUUUAUCCUGCACCUUCCUAAAACAAAAGUAUUGAAUACUUUUCUGUAAUCCCAUGUCAAGAUUUCUUAGACAGCUAUAGAAGGCCCAGGAUGGGGCUGGCAUUCACUCAGCCCUAAGCCUUGUUGAAAUCUGUUUCUCUGACCAGAGGUGUGCAUGCUGAGGGCCCAGCUGGCCUGUCCCAGGGUCUCUGUGGCUCAAGGCAAGCCACCUUGGAAAACAGUUUAAUGGAGUAUUUUUGUACCUGAUGUUUACAGAUGCUGUUGGGAAGUUAUCAAUAAAGACUCUGUUACUAAAAAGGGAAGGGUACACCUAGCAGUGUCUCCCUUCUGUUCUGGAACCCGCACACUACCAAGCCCAGGAGUAAUUUCUUAGCUCUCACCUCUAGGUCCAGUGCCCUGCACUUUUAACCAUCCACGAGUUUUGGUCCUGUAUCCGGAACAGAUCCAGGUCCCAGCCCACCUUCCCGAGCUAGCAGCAGCCCCUCCAGCGCUCCCUGAUCCCCGCUCCCCGCUGCCCCAGUGCAGUCUCCGAGUGCACUGUGGUCAUGGAGUUGCCAAGUGACCGACUCGGUGGGGUCUCUGCACCCCUCUCCCGCCCUGGGCCUCACGUCCUGCGCCCUUGGGGUUCCUCCGUUUAGAGACCUUGCUUCAGCGCCAGUUUCCUUUACCCGAACCACAAGUACUCCGAAUGCCUGACUCGAAGGCAGGAGGUGGCCAAGCCAGGUGGGGAAAGGUGCGGCGAUCCUUUACUUGAGUGGGUGGGAGGAGCCCGCACCCGGAAGGGACUGGUAGACCGUGGCUCUGACCGCCAGCAACCAACGUGACGUGGGUGUGGCCGAGGGCGGGGCCUGACGGACUGUGACGCAGGCACGCAGCGUGCCUCGUGCGCAAGCGCUCCCGGCAGCGAAUUGGAGGUUUCCGGUUCCGCCGCCCUCUUUCUCUACAACGAGGCGGCUGAGCGGGUCGGUGGCGGCGCCUUUGCGGGUUCAC